AUGCUGAUAGGCAACUUCGUUGUACCGAGCAUCACGGAUCGUUACGGACGCAAGGCUGCGCUGAUUAGCUCGAGUAUUCCAGCUAUUGUUGGCUGGUUCGUCAUUGCUUUGGCUGUUAAUGCCGAGAUGCUGAUAUUGGCGAGAUUCCUUCAAGGUGUAUCAAUCGGGUUUACGCUGCCGUUGCGAUCAGUCGUUAUUGCAGAAUAUGCAAGCCCCAAAUACCGAGGAGGAUUUCUUACAACCAUAUCACUGGCUCAAGGGGUUGGGAUAUUUUUGAUACAUCUCAUAGGAUCUUUAAUUAGUUGGCAAAGGACUAGUGUUGUUUGUGGUGUUUUGGGCUUCCUGGGUCUUGUCUCAACCUUCUAUCUGCCAGAAUCUCCAAGUUGGUUAGCUGUAAGGGGUAAAUAUGAAGAAUGUAGAAAAGCAUUUCGCUGGAUAAGAGGUGAUGAUGAAGAAAAGGAAUUGGAAGAAUUAAUACAAUCGAGAAUUAAAUUUAAAGAAGAAUUAAACAAUAAGGGACCACAAGUGAAUCGUUUAAGAAUGAUAAAAACGGUUAUGUACAAAAAAGAGUUUUAUAAGCCUAUAAUAUUAAUAACGCAUUGCUAUGUGAUGAUUCAAGUAUGCGGGAACGCAACGAUGCCAGCCUUUUCAGUUCAAAUACUAAGUACUAUGAUGGGCCCAAAGGCCAACGCGCAUGCAUGGAUGGUUAUUUUAGAUUCGUUAAGAAUUGUUGCUAAUAUUACCGCCAUGUUCAUAAUCAACAGAUUCAAACGACGUACAAUUCUAUUCGCAACUGGAGGACUAUGUACACUUGUACAUAUAUCAAUAGCUGGAUACGUAUACGCUAAAACAAAAAACUUACUAAUUUACGAUGCGCAAUGGAUAUCCGGAUCUUUAGUGAUAUUACAAUUUAUUUGCAUAGGUUUGGGAAUGAUACCAAUGCCUACUGUGAUAGCUGGUGAGGUCAUACCGUUACAAUUUAGAAGUAUUAUAUCUAGUGUGUGCUCUGUGGUUCUUGCUAUAUUUAUGUUCGCUGUACUUAAGACAUUCCCUCUGUUAUUUGAUAGUAUAUAUUUAUACGGUACUUAUGCUGUAUAUAGUAGUGUUUUGACAUAUGUUUUAGUUGUUCUAUGGAUUCUCUUACCAGAAACCAGUGGGAAGACUUUGGAGCAAAUUGAAAUUGAACUUAAAGGAAAAGAUUUUCGGAACGAGGACCUCGAAGCAAAGGUCAGCCUAAAAUCAGAACACGCUGAAGAAAACGGAAAUAGUACAACUAGGUGA